AUGCAAACUGUAAUGCACAUUAGCGGAUGUGCAUAUCUUUACCAAAAGUCAGAUGUGGCGGAUAUCCAAGCGCUCAACGAACGGCUCCCUGAUAAUUUGAAAAACGAACGACUUCUUGGGGUAUGCCUUCAUAAAAACUUUGGUGGAUACUUUUCCGCUCGAACCGUUGUGCUGACUGAUACUCAAAUAGACGAAAAUGAAUGGCGGAUUAUUGAACCUGUGUCUUUAUUAAAAAAUCAAGAGGAAAUCAUUGACCUUUUGGUGGAAAUGAACACAAAUUGGGCGGAAGGAAAAUGGAGAGACUUUGGAGAACCCUCAAUUAAAUAUUCAGAAACUGCGAAACGAUACUUCGAUGCGGCACCAAAAGAUAGACAGAAGGUUAUUGAAGAAUUACGAAAGAAUUCCCGAUAA